AUGGAGUGGAGAUCUGUCUGGAAUCGUGGAGGAAAAAUCGAUCAAGUCUGUUGGAUUGACAGAGACGUGAUAGUGUGGCCCUCUGGUGGCAGUCAUCUCAUCUUCCUCCACGUGAGAAAGAAGCUUCAGACCUUGUGGAGAUGCCCUGAAUCCAUGGACGGAGCCUCUUCCAUCUCUUCAUACCCUCAACUCCAUCUUAUUGCGCUCUCUGAGGGCUGCCCCAACCCGAGGAUUCUUAUCUUCACGUAUCCCAGUAUGAAGAUCAUCUCGGAAUGCAAGGGAGGAACCGAGAAUGGCUACCUGACGACUGCCUUCGCUCCUCCGGAUUUUUUGGUAUCACUGGCAUCAUUUCCAAGUUACAAUUUGAUCCUUUGGAACUGGAGGUCCGGGUCGCAGUUGUGCUUCAUCGCCACUCCCAUCCAUGAUCUUCGAGGACAGGUGAUCAAGGUCUUUCAAGGGAAACCGGCGUCCAUCGCCCAACUUGGGAGAGACUCUGGGAAACUCCUGAUCUGGCAGAUCGUCCGGAACUCCAUCUCUCCGCUCGUUGAAGAAGUCACGCUUCCGAAAAGAGCGCUUCCGGUGGAUAUUGAUUGGUCUCCAGACGCGUCAGAUCCUUUUCUAGCGAUUGCGGAUGACUCCGGGCACGUCUACCUCUGCAAAAAAAAUUGGGACGAACCGAAACGCAUUGUCUUCUCCCAGAGGUGCGCCACCUGCCUCGACUACGAAGUUCCUGUCCUCAGCUGGUUCACUGAUGGCAUCCUUUUGAAGACAACAUUCUGCCAGAUGAGGUUUUACAGAAAGGGGGACGAUACCUGGCGGAGGCAGUGGUACAUCAAGACUUUGCUGAAGCCUCACAUCCUCUCGGCUGACAUUUUCAAGAAGGACAGAUUGAUAUUCUUCGCUGGUCAAGGCGAUGUCAUGGAGAUGACCCUUGCAGUAGGAGAGACUUCUCCCAAAAUCGACAAGAUCUUCGAUUACGGAAGCGGCUUCAAGUUCUUGGAGGUUAUCUAUCCGUGGGGACAUCACGUGGCAGCUGUAGACCAUCUGAAGAAUCUUGUGAUAAUGGCGUCUCACAGUGGGGAAGAAAUAGGGAGGUUGGAACUGUCAGUGGAAGGGGAUAUUGUGAAUAUCAUCUCGCAUUUGGAGUGUCCUAUGAUUUUGGUUUCUACAUCUGCUGGAGAAAUUUGCUCGGUGAGCCUCCAUGACUACCAGAAUCCCAGGGUUUUAUCAAAGUAUCAGUUUGAGAAGCAUCAGAUGGAUCUGUUGAAGUUUUCGCAAUGCGGCAGAUAUCUCAUCACUGGUAGGAAAAAGUAUGGAUUAUUCUACUGCAUUGAAUCAGUCGAAAGCCCAUCCUCAACAGUGCGGAAAAUAGAAACAGAGCACAGGGUUCUGGACAUCGCCAUGUUCAACAGAAAGGGUGAACUUAUGCUUCUCAUGCUGAUUCUGCCCUUUAAAAGAGCAAAAGUAGCGAAUUGCAUAAUCAUCUACAAACUGCCACCUUUCGAGAAGAUUGUUGGAGCCAUCGUUAGUGUUCUGAAGUUACCAACUCUCUACGACAAUUUCCAUUACGGGCUUGAACCCAUGACGAUGGUAGCUUCACCAUUCUCAUCCCGAAAUCUUCAUACUUACAAAAUCCAAAAUGAUCAGAUUUGUCUGACAAAUGCGGCACAAUCUCCUCAUAAAAUUCGAGGGAUGAAAGUCCACACAGAUAGAAAUUGGAUCAUUACUUACGGAUUUGACGGAAUCAUUGGUGUUGUGAAGAAUUUCAAGAAUUUGGAAUGGUUGGCACACGUGAAUUCCCAUCAUAGGCUCAAUUUCGGUGUAUCCAAGGCUGUUUUGAAACCGGAAGGGGACUUUGUGUUCUCCUUAGGCAGUGAUGGAUCUCUUCUUGGGCUGAAGUUGAUGAAAAUUGAGAAGAAUCAAUUGGAAUCACCAGUUGAUUUUGGAAAAACUCAAAUAGAUUAUGCAGAAGUGAAGAAGAAUAUUUCGAAGGACUAUUCCCGACUCAAUCCUGACAUUAUCCAAAUGCUCUCCCGAAGGUAUGAAAAAAUUCCACCGGAAGACAGUGGCGUUGAGAUCUGGAGCGAUUGGAUGAUAAGACAGCAAGCGAUGAGAGAAGAAGAGCAGUCUAAAGACCUCAAAUCAUCAAUCAUGAAUGACUUUUAUAAACUGAAGAUCCAAGUAUCGAAGUUGUUGGAUGAGAACGAGAAGCUUCCGGUGCAGGAGAGACUUGCGAUUUCCGCCUUCGACCUGGAUAUGAUCGAGCGGGAGCAGAAGAUCAAGACUGCUAAAGAGGAGAGAGAAGACCGGCGGCUAGAACUGGAGUUCCAAUGCACUCAGGUCGAGAAAGUCUCCAACUGGAUCAAGAAGACAUUCUGGGAUGUGCAAGAUGUCAAGCAGCAGUCGAUAUUCGCCAUCUUCGGGGACACGGAGGUGAUGAAUUUUGCUAGUCUUCCUUGCGACCCUCAGGAGAAGGAGAUUGCUCGUUGGCUUGAAUCUUUCUCCGAGAUUAAUGACAAUCUUCGAGGUGUUGAUCGAGAGCCGAGAGCUUACACUCUACUAAGGGAUCGAUACUCACCAGUUAUUGAAGACGAAAGGACAAUCGUGGAGAGCUUCCUCGAAGAUGAGGAUGAGAUCGCUAAGAAGGAUAAGAUCGAAGAGGUCCAGGCAGCUGCAGGCGUCACGACCUUCAGAUAUGUAGAGCCCUCCAGUGAAUACUGUCAAUUCAAGCAUUAUACUUUCCCCCAACUCCAUCAAUUCACAACCUCCUUGAUCACCGAUUCCCAAACCCUGAAACAUUACUUCAACAAACUGUUCAACGAGACGUUCACGCUUAAGGAACGCGCCAUGUCUUCAGCGAGCCAGAUAAUCUCCCAAAUCCGAUUCAUAGAUUCCGAACUCCGAUUAAUGUUCGGGUCGUCCGUCCCUGAGAUACCUGUCGAGCCGCACUGGUCACCUGAAGAGAAACCCGAGUCGAUUGUAAUAGCGAGGGAUGAUGAGGUCCCUGUGAAGCCCUACGUUUCCCCGUCCGAGCAGGACCUCCUGGACAAACAAGCCGUAGAUCAAGAACGGCUAAGACUUCUCAUGCUGUCUGAUGACUUUCGACGGAGGGCUCUCAUCGAGAUGAUGGACGGAGUUCUCGAAUUCCGGUGGGAGGAUAUCAUCAAGAGAGACAUCCCCAAGCCUGACUUCAUGGAAGCAAAGGAUCCAGAGAAUUACUCGAAGGAAGAAAUUGUCCUAGCUCAUAAAUACGAGCAACAAGUUGUAGAAUUAGAGCAAGAACGUGACAGAUACAAGAGCUUUCUUGAGACGACGUAUUCUAAGAUAACGAAGACUCUUCGAGAGACGAUAGACAAGUUCAACGGGAAUCUUCAGGGGUUAUUUCUGACGAGGAUGCGAGUGGAAUCGGCGAUCCUCCAACUGGAUUUGUUGAGGGCCCGGUGGUACCUGCAAGCCCUCGACCAAAUGGAGGCGUUUAACGAGGCGAAAAGAACUCAAGCUGUCAUCUCCGAACAGCAAUCAAAGAUAGAGAGAAUUGUGUCGUCGAGCAAGAUCCUUGAGGACGAGCUGGUCAAACUGAAGUCCCAACGCGAUGUUCUUCACAAUAAAGAGAAAGGAGUCAAAAAAUUCAAGUCUGAGUUCCACUCUCUCGGAAAGAUAGCUGUAGAACUUCUGAGGAAGCAUUACAAAAAACGCCCAAAGGUUGUCUUGAAGAACGCGUCUCCAGGAGAUGUCCUCACGCUCGCCAAGUGCAUCACAACCCAGAGCGGUGCAGUACCUCUCCUACCAGAAUUCAGGAAUUACCUUACGAGUCUUGAAGCUCUUGACGUCCAGCCGGAGGAUCUGCCUGAGUCAGUCAGGCCUCAUCACUGGGAGCAUCUUGUCAAAAUUCGACGUCAUCAGAUCGAUUUGGAGAUGAAACUCAAAGCGAAUCUGAUGGAGAUCAACGAGAUGGAGAAGACUACCGUUGAAAAUAGCGCAAAAAUCGGGAGAUGUAAAGAAUUGAUAGCUUAUUCUGGAGAUGUCCUGGGAGAGAUGAGGAAAAAUCUGGUGGAACAAAUGAAAGACAUGGAGAUCCAGUUGGUCUUGAAGAUGGGUCAGGUGGAAAUUGACCUGAAGGGUCAAAGGAAUGACACCCUGAAUGCGAAAUUAAUCCCUGUGGGUGUCGUGAAAAAACUGAACGAGGGUAUCUUGGAGGCCGGUGACGAGAAACUGAAGGCUCUGGAGGAGAUGACCAAGUUCCACAGAGGAACUCUCCUCAAGGAGUGGGAGCACAAGACCCUCCAGAUGAAGACGCAAGACCUCACAGACGAGUUGAAUGAGAUCAACAACCUCUUGGUGACGAAACGAAUGCGGGAGAUUCUCAAGAAACAUCAGCUAGGACUUCCGACUGAUGGUAAAACAGUGCAGGAUCUGGAGCGGGAGAUCGCGGCGAUGGAACAAAUUAUGCAGAAGACAGUGAACGAUUGGUGGUCGAAGAUAGAUGCUGUCGAGAGGGAGAUUGAGGCGAAGAAGCGGGAAAAUUACGAAUUCGAUGGGAAAAUCAAAGAGAUGAAUAUCGAUAGGUGGGAGAUGGAGCUAAAGAGGAAUCUCGAGGCCGAGGAGAAGUCCAAGGAGAUGAGAGAGGGGCUGAGGAGGGCGGUGUUGCGGAGGGCAAGACUCGGCAGGAAGAUUCAGAAGAAUUAUGUGGAUUUGUUGGAGAUGAAGAUCGAGAGUCAGCUGUUGAGGAUGAGGAGGUAUCCCGCUCUGCCUGGUUGUAGAGUCAUUCCCAUGAGUGAUGCGGAUAUGGAGGAAAAAUAA